AUCUAUCUAUCUUCACUUCCACUUUGUUAUUCUUCUUCUUUUUCUAACCUCACAACGCUAUUUUCUCUCUGUUAUCACCUUACAAACCUUCUCAUCCAUUCUUUUCUUGUUGUUUAACCUUUUUUCCUCUUUUGGGUUUUGUUCAAUUUUCCUUCUUGGAGUGAAUAAUAAGAAACUGUUGUUACUGUCUCUUUCUGUCUUGAGAUUUGGAUUUUGAUGUUUUUUUUGGUAAACAAAGCCAUGCAGUGGAUUUGUGUCUGAUUUUGGUCUUAUAGUUGAGAGGAAGAAAAAUAUUUGAUAUUUUUUUUUGGUUUGAAUUGUUUUUUGUUGUUGUUCUACUAUUGAGGAAGUUUUAACAACCAACCUUAGCGUUGAAGAAAGUUUGGUUUUUUUGAGAGAGAGGAAAAUAUUUCAUCAAUGGAUUCUGAUUCCAUGGCUAUUCAGGGUCAAGAAGGAGUGCAUUCUGUUGUACAUGUGCAAAAAUUAAUUGAUCAAUUUUCAUGUGGAGAUGACUAUGCCUUGAAGGUAAGGAAACCAUAUACUAUCACUAAGCAAAGAGAGAGAUGGACAGAUGAAGAACAUAAGAAGUUCCUUGAAGCUUUAAAGUUGUAUGGCCGAGCAUGGCGAAGAAUCGAAGAACAUGUUGGCACAAAGACUGCUGUGCAGAUUCGAAGUCAUGCUCAGAAGUUUUUUUCUAAGAUCAAUCGAGAUACUGACGGGAACACCACAACAUUGGUGGAGUCUAUUGAAAUUCCACCGCCACGACCGAAAAGAAAGCCGAUUCAUCCUUACCCGCGUAAACUAGUAGAAAUCCGGAAGAAUGAAAUCUCCAACUUGGAACAGCCACUGAGGUCUAAUUCUAUAGUGUCGUUAGAUUUUGGUCAAGAAAACAAGUCUCCGAAAUCGGUACUAUCGUCAGUUGCUUUGGAAACACUUGGUUUCUCUGAUUCUGAUAGCCCGACCGGAAGUUUGUCCCCGGUUUCAUCCAUGAGUGCCGUCCAUACCAGUAGCUUUCCACUUCUUGAGCGUAAAUUAUCGUUCGAGCAAGAUAUGCCUCCACAAAUAGAUGAACUGAAUGACGGUUCAGCUCACGAUGAACAACUUCUAGAGAAACCGGAGCUUUUCUCUAAAGAACAUGUAUCCACCAAAGACGAAGCGGUAGAUGAAUCACCUGGUCGAACACUCAAACUUUUUGGAACAACUCUACUCGUAAAAGAUACAUGCAAACCUUCUUCUACAUCAAUGGAAGCAUCCAAUUCCAAACAAACAACUACCAUGCAUCUUCUGCAACAACCUCAGAGUGAAUGUUCAGAUAUCAGUCACACAACCGUCGUUCCUUGGUGGACUAUUUCCCGCAAUUCAGCCUUCAAGCCACUACACAAAGAGCAUGAGGAAAAACCUCUACAUUCUAAUCAUGAAGAAUGUGAAGAUAAAGAAACUCAAAAGGAAGGAUCUUGUGUUGGUUCUAACAACACUAGCUCAACCAAUGAUGGAGAAAGCAAUGAAAUAUCAAAUGAUCAAGACAAAAUUGAUCAUGUGAAUUACCUUGUUGGCCACAUUACACCAAGUGAAACAGUGAGACAUAAAACAUUUGGUAAAGGGUUUGUACCAUAUAAAAGGUGCAUGGCAGAAAGAGAAAGACAGUGUUCAACAGUAACCGAAGAGAGGAGGGAACAUCAACGAAUUAGGCUUUCUUUGUAAUGCAGUUUCCAUUUUAUAAAUGUAAAUUGAAAUCAUAUAAUGGAGCUGUCUUUUAUCUUGCUGGAUGACAUGGUAUGAGAAGAGAGAAAUGGUAGCUGACAUCUGACAUUUCGGCUAGGACUGUUCAUGGUUCGAUUCAGGAAGGAAAGCCGAACCAAACCGAAUAGUUAAAGUAGUUCGGUAAAACUGGACUGGUCUGAAGAUUCGGUGCACAACAGGUUCUGUGUUUCCGGAAUUUAGUUUACAAAAUUGAACAGGUGCUAAAUGCUUAUGCCAUGUCUAAGUGGCAGGGUUUUGUAUUUCUAACAUCUACUGUGAAUUAUCAAUGUUUAUGAAUGGUUAAUGUGAAGAAAGUGUUAAGUUACA